CACAGCGAUGGAUUGCACUUCUUCUGAUGGCAACUCUGAGAAAUCUCUAGAGUGGUUUCCAGGAACUCCUCAGCAAGAGAAGCAAUUUCGAAAAUGGAUCGAGGAAGCAGAUGAACCUCUCUGUCUUGAAGAUGUUGAGGAGUGGCUAGUGGCCAAUGCUAACAAUCUUCUAGAAGGAGAUGAUGGGGGUAUAGAUCUUGAGCAACUUUCCAACAACAUUGCCAGGGACUUCCAAAGGAAAAUCUCCCCCACAGCCAUCAUCAGACUUCCUGGCUAUGGAUGUCCUCUUGACUUCAGGUAUGUUGGCUUUUGGCCUGUCAUCUCAACCAACGACGGGAUUAGGUGGUAUACUACACCGCUGUGGAGCAGAGAGUUAUGUAUGAUAAAAGUUAUCGAAGAAAUCACCAACAAACCUGGAUGGUGUGAUGAUGUUCGUCAUGCCCACAUAGCAGCCAAGUGGAAAAAAGAGAUACUUGGGCUGGAUUGGAGCAAAUAUCUCAGCUAUGCCGACUUUACACCUUCUAUGGCCGACUUGUGUAUCGAUGAGCUGAAGCUCAAAGCGGAUCUAUAUGAAAAGACUGGACUCAUUCCUGUCUUAGACUCUGCUGCUUGUGUUAUCAAAUCCGACAAGCUUGUACCUGAUGCCCUAAAGCGGGAACUAUCUCUUGGUCGCCAGAAACUAUUCCAAUCCAUGACGGAUAGUGACAAACCUCGCGAUGAAUUCACCAUCGAUUUGAUAGACCCCUUUACAUGCCCGCUCAUGUAUCGCCGCUCUCGAAUCCUUCCUGAUAGAAGUAUCGAUCUCACCAACUGUCUAGAAGCUUGCGGUAAGGGGGAUAUUCUUCUUAGCCCUUCGGAUCCGAAAAAACGAAGCCAGCGAUACAACAUGCUUGAUCCAUCUUUCCAAUGGCUUCCGUGCGACGUCAUCGUGGAUGAGACUGGAAAAGCCAAGAUCAACAGUUACAUCAACAACCUACAUCCAAUUGAGCACGCUGAUCUGUACACUACCAUCGAAAAAUUCAUCAAUCUGGCCCUACCAGCAUUGGAUGUCAUAUACAGAUGGCCGUUUGAGUUUGAUCACCCGCGAAUAGACUCGCAUGACAUCUCUUAUGACUGUAAAGUUCCUGAGAUCUGCGCCGACAGAGAAUGCAGUUGUUUGAACAUCCCAGCGGAAAAAUGUAAGACAUUGGCUGCAUGA